AUGCUGGCUCUGGGUCUUCUCCUCCUUUACUGCCUGGGUCUGAUCAACCUCAGUUCAGCGGAGGAGGGCCUGGAGUUCCCCAGCUUUGAUGGGAAGGUCAGAGUGCUGGACGUGAACGAGAGGAACUACAAGAAAGCCCUGAAGAGGUACGACAUGCUGUGUCUGCUUUACCACCGGCCCAUGCCCUCCGAGAGAGAGCUCCAGAAACAGUUUCACGUCACUGAGAUGGUGCUGGAGUUGGCCGCACAGGUCCUGGAGGACAAAGACAUAGGCUUUGGAAUGGUGGACUCUCACAAAGACGCCAAAGUGGCCAGAAAACUGGGUUUGGAGGAGGAGGGCAGCAUCUAUGUCUUUAAGGACGACCGCGUGAUAGAGUUUGAUGGUGAGCUGUCGGCCGACACUUUGGUGGAGUUCCUGCUAGACCUGCUGGAGGACCCAGUGGAGCUGAUUAGUAACUCGAUGGAGCAGCGUGCUUUUGAGUGGAUGGAUGAAGAAGUCCGGCUCAUCGGCUACUUUAAGGGCACAGAGUCCGAACACUACAAAGAGUUUCAGAAGGCUGCGGAACAUUUUCAGCCGUACAUCAAAUUCUUUGCCACUUUUGACAAAGGAGUUGCCAAGCAGAUGACUCUUAAGAUGAACGAGGUGGAUUUUUAUGAACCUUUUAUGGAAGAACCCGUGACCAUCCCCGGCAAACCCAACUCAGAGCAGGAAAUAGUGGACUUUGUCAACAAGCACAAAAGGCCUACGCUGAGAAAACUGAGAGCGGAGGACAUGUUUGAGACCUGGGAGGACGAUAUGGAUGGAAUCCACAUCGUCGCCUUCGCCGAAGAGGAAGAUCCAGAUGGUUAUGAAUUCCUGGAAAUUCUGAAGGCGGUUGCCAGGGACAACACCAAAAACCCAGACCUGAGCAUAGUGUGGAUUGACCCCGAUGACUUUCCCCUGUUGACCAGAUACUGGGAGAAGACUUUUAAGGUCGACCUGUUCAAACCUCAGAUCGGAGUGGUGAAUGUGACAGACGCGGACAGCGUGUGGUUGAACAUGCCCAAUGACGAGGCCUUGCCAUCGGCCGAGGAGCUGGAGGACUGGAUCGAGGACGUCCUGUCGGGCAAGGUCAACACCGAGGACGAUGACGUCAAGGACGAAGACGAUGACGAAGACGACGAAGAUGAUGAAGAUGACGAUGACGAUGACAACGAGAGUGAUGAUGAGGAUGAUGAUGAUUAA